AAUAUUCUGAUGAUUCAGUUAUUAUCGUGUAUAUAUAAAAAAUAAUAAUUCUGUAUAGUGUAUAAAUAGUGAAUACAUAAUUGUUGCUCCUGUGUCCUUUUUAUCAGAAUAUUUUGCACAAUGUUUUUUGUUAUCCAAUGUGUAUGUUAUCCAAUGUUAUUGAACACACAAUAUUAAUUGUUUUGUGUCCUUAAACUUGGAAAUAAUCGUCAGUUGUUUUAGUGUUUUUUUCCGGUGAGUAGAUUACGCCACAAUUUUCGUCGACAAUAAAUAGUUGAAAUUUAGAACGGAUUCCUCGGAUUUCUUUUUUCCUACAAAAUAAAACGAAUAAUUAGUCAUUCAAAUGUUGGCCGUGUUUUUUUGCCUGCCCAUUCAUCAUCAGAAUCAAAUCACUCCAAAUAGUUAUUUGAACGAACAAAAUUGCCAUUAACCGCGGUCAAGAUGCCUCUACUAAAGCCGAACAUCAUGAGCGAUAUUCUGUCCACACCUGAACUAUCACGAUUUGGUUUGGCUGAAGCCAAAAUAAAUAUGCCAUCAACAUUGGCGUCAUCACAAUCAUCGAUCGAUAUUCGAACGUCUAAUACAAACAGCAAACUUAAAAGCAUUCCAGAACGUAUACCAGCAUUUGGUUUGCUUAUGGCAAUUCUAUCUGUAUUCUGCUUUUCAAUCGCUUCUGUCAUUGUUAGAAUAUUGGUUUCAUUACCUACCAUAGAAAUUCUUGUCUGGAGAUCAUUAUGUCAAUUUGUCGUAUAUUUUGCAACGACCUUGGUUUAUGGCUAUAAUUUUUUUGGACAACCAGGACACCGAUUAGAUUUGUUUUAUCGUUCAAUCUCUGGAACAAUAUCAUUAUCGGCCGUAUAUAUUGCUUAUCGAUUGAUACCAUUGUCCGAUGCCUCUACAAUUCAUUUUGCUUCACCUGUAUUCGUGACAGUUUUUGCUUAUUUCUUACUGAAAGAACCAUUAAGCAAGUUGCAAAUUAUUACUGGAACAAUCACUCUUACUGGUGUAUUUAUUAUUGCUAAACCAGAAUUUAUAUUUGGAUCAGAAUCCGAUGUAAUACAUGAAAUGCGAUUAGAAGGAAUUGUAUUGUCAGUAAUUGCAUCAAUGACAGCUGCAUUUUCAAUGAUUGCUUUGAGAAAAUUGAAAACUACACCUGUUGCUGUGGUAGUAAUGUGGUAUUCAUUUACAUUGGUUGUAUGUGGCUCAACCUAUUUGACAAUUUUUUCCACACCUGAACUAUCACGAUUUGGUUUGGCUGAAGCCAAAAUAAAUAAUAUGCCAUCAACAUUGGCGUCAUCACAAUCAUCGAUCGAUAUUCGAACGUCUAAUACAAACAACAAACUUAAAAGCAUUCCAGAACGUAUACCAGCAUUUGGUUUGCUUAUGGCGAAUCUAUCUGUAUUCUGCUUUUCAAUCGCUUCUGUCAUUGUUAGAAUAUUGGUUUCAUUACCUACCAUAGAAAUUCUUGUCUGGAGAUCAUUAUGUCAAUUUGUCGUAUAUUUUGCAACGACCUCCGUUUAUGGCUAUAAUUUUUUUGGACAACCGGGACACCGAUUAGAUUUGUUUUAUCGUUCAAUCUCUGGAACAAUAUCAUUAUCGGCCGUAUAUAUUGCUUAUCGAUUGAUACCAUUGUCCGAUGCCUCUACAAUUCAUUUUGCUUCACCUGUAUUCGUGACAGUUUUUGCUUAUUUCUUACUGAAAGAACCAUUAAGCAAGUUGCAAAUUAUUACUGGAACAAUCACUCUUACUGGUGUAUUUAUUAUUGCUAAACCAGAAUUUAUAUUUGGAUCAGAAUCCGAUGUAAUACAUGAAAUGCGAUUAGAAGGAAUUGUAUUGUCAGUAAUUGCAUCAAUGACAGCUGCAUUUUCAAUGAUUGCUUUGAGAAAAUUGAAAACUACACCUGUUGCUGUGGUAGUAAUGUGGUAUUCAUUUACAUUGGUUGUAUGUGGCUCAACCUAUUUGACAAUUGCAAAUAAAUGGAUAAUGCCAAACACUACACAAAUAUGGAGUCUGCUUAUUGCUAUUGGUAUUUGUGGCAUUCUCGAUCAAUAUUGUAUUACAUUAGCAUUUCAGUAUGAAAAGGCUGGACCAAUAUCGGUGGUGCGAACAUUCAAUAUUGUCCUUUCAUUUUUGUGGGAAGUGAUGCUUUUAAAUGAAGAUAUUGAAUGGACGUCUAUUCUGGGAGCCUGCCUCAUCUGUUCAUGUGUUAUUGUAUUGGCUUUAGUUAAAUGGUAUAAAGAAAGUCCAGAAAGUUUUGAAAAAAUCCGACGAAAACUUUGCUGUUUCUGUCCGGCACCUGGACCAAAACCAAAACCUAAAUCCAAAUCAUCAUUAUCCUCAUCGUCAUCAUCGUCAUCAUCAUCGAAACGAAACAAAAAAAUUAAUAAUAAAUCUAGAUCAAGAGAUAUAAAUAAUCAAAGUUCAUCAACUGUCGAUUUCAAUAUAGCCACAACAUUAGAUUCUACAAUGAAAAAACAUAAAAAGAAUGGUUCAAAUGAAUCGAUCGAUUCGAUUACCGUGCAAAAUACUGUCAAUUCGAAUGCCAUUUUAUUGAUCAAAUCAGAUGAUGAUGAUGAUGAUGAAUAGAAAGUAAAAAAAACCCAUUAGACACAACCAAUUAUCCAAGAAGAAGAAGAAGAAGAAGAAGAA